AUGCAUAUUUUGACAAUUUUUAGUGCAUGAAUGCAUGCUUAUUUAUGCAUUUUUUAGUGCAUGAAGUAACGAGCCCUGCUUAUUACCAAGGCGAGCAUCGAUAUCACUGAUUUUUCGUCAUCUUGAUGACUUGGUUUCAAUAAUUUAAAUCCCAUUGAAGUAAUAUACUUACAUUAGGCACAUCAAGAGGACGCUACACAGAUAUUUGUCAUCUCCAUAUUAGGUACUAGUGUGUAACAUUGCAAAUUACCUACACGAAACACAGAUAACAUUCUUUCCAUCAAGUUUCAUAAUUGGACGGUCCACUCUAAUUUUUAAACUAACGGAGCUAAACAUGAUCAGCUGAGCGUAAAUUUGGUAUGCUACGCACUUGCAAGACGGAGAUAAAAAUGCCCGCAGGACAACUCCCCCUAGCUUUCGUGAUAGUUAAAAUAAUUAUAUCCAAAUGUAAAUUUCUAUGUUUUUAAAAUAUUGUGAAUUUUAUCCUAUUUCGAAUUAUAGUUAUAUUUAUAGGUAUAACUAUCCCACCAACAACUGUUGCAGUAUAGAGAAGACAUUCAGCACAUUGCGUGUUGUUAAAACCUGGUUUCGUUCAACAAUGUGUGAGAACCGAGUUAAUCUAAGAAGAAGUCACAGCAACAUAGAAGGUAAUGAAAAAGUAGAUUGUCUACCAAAGGAAGCAGCCAAUAGUACUAACUUAGAAAUAAGUGAGAAAUAUUGUACUUAUGAAGACACACUAAGAUGUAUCAACACCGCUAUCGAAGAAAAAUGGUCACUCAAAUGGAGAAGAAAAGAAACCAAACUCAGCGAAAUAAAACGUACAACUGACCGCUGGAAAAACAAAUCAAAUCUCAACAGGAAAGAAGAAGUAAUAUUAACACGUCUAAGAAUAGGUCACACUCGCUACACACUGCACGGUUACCUAAUGAGCAGAGAAGAUCAACCCACAUGCGCAACAUGUGGAGUUCAUUUGACCAUCAAACAUAUACUCGUCGAAUGCAGACAAACAGAGGCUGCAAGGACCAAAUACAGCAUACCAGAAUUUCUAUAUCAAUCACUAGGACCAAACGAAUCUGCCAUCAAACAGACACUAAAUCUCAUAAAGGAACUUGAAAUUGAAAAUUUAUUGUAAACAAGUGAUUAUAUAACAUGUAAAAACUAAUCUGUGUAAAAACUAUAUGAAAAUCAAUUUUAUAUAAAAUAAAUAUAAACAAUGUCAGCCAAUGGCCACCGCUGCCGAGGCUUAUUCUAAUAAAAAAAAAAAAAAAAAAUAAUAUAAAGAGG